AUGCCCAUCGCGUGGGCCUUCCUGGGUAUUGAUGGCAGCUUGGCAACCCUGCAUGUUGAACCAGAGUACCGAGGUCAAGAACUGGCUUUGCAUGUCUCCAAGGAGGCUAUGCGACGAGGGAUGGCCGAGGGUAGCAUCUGGCGGCACUGCGGAGAGGAGGGCGAGGCUUGGGUCCACGCCAAUGUGUCAGAAAGCAAUAUCGCUAGUCGUCGGGUGAUGGAAAAGCUGGGUGGUGAUAUUGGAUGGACAUAUUGUGCGUCGGUGCAGAGCGUUUUACUGCUUGGGAUAAUGUCUCAUAGAUUAUAUGCUAUUUCGUGA